AUGGAAAAUACGUCCCAUACUCUUGCAAUUGGGAAUCCGGGUGAUGUAGACCCGUCUCAUGAACAAGUUACGGCAAUUGUCACUACUUUGCAGGAUGCAAACAUCUGCUGCUGCUUUGUCCAUGACUAUGCUCUUAUCUACUACGGAGCCCGUCCGAAUGCGCGUGACCGAGUGCUCUGCGUCCCAGACUCUCAGUUAGAAAAGGCCGUUGAGAUCUUCACAUCCAACUGUCAUACACUAGAGCCAUGCGCUCCGUUCCCACUCCGCCGUCGGGGAUCUCUUGAUCACAAAUACUCUCGAUUUAAAGCCAUCGGUCGAACAGAUUUUUGGUUGAUAUUACCGGCAAGCUACUGCCACAUUGCAUGCGAGCCUGACAACAUCGAAUGGAGCCAAGGCCGACUGCCCUACCCAAAGCUUCAUAUUUACGCGCAGAGCCUUGUUGAUACAAUGAAUAAGAUAGAUUUGGCAGCCUUAGUUGAUGGCAUGGACCUUACUGAAGAAUGGGGAAUAGAACAUCUUGAGCUGGAUGGUAAUACUGACACAGAUUGGCGGAAGAAUAUGAUGAAACGUUUUGGGGAUAAUUCAUUAACGGCUGAUUCCACGUCCACUCUUUGUCGGCCUGUCUCUCGACUGGAGCUAUGGAAGGAAUAUGUCUCCAGUAAGGAAAGCCGUAUGCGCUGGAUCCAUUCUCCCGAGUAUUACUCUACCCGGUUUCGUCUACGCGACUCUAAGGACCCCCGAACACGACGCGGGCUGGGAAUAUAA